UGGCACAGUUCCUGUUUUGUAACUCUUUUUAACGUGUUUGUUACCAAACCCAAAUCCAGCAACUAACAAGCUUCAUUUGAGCGCUUUAAAAGACGGCGUUAAGACAUGGGUCAGAGGUGCAUUCACUGGUUUCGUAAGGGUCUGCGGCUGCACGACAACCCGGCACUGAUGGCCGCCCUGACGGACUGCAAGGAACUCUACCCGGUGUUCAUUCUGGAUCCACAUCUCCAUGACAAGACUCGGGUAGCCGUUAACCGAUGGAGGUUCCUCCUGGGGUCGCUCAAAGACUUGGAUUGUAGCCUCAGAAAAUUCAACUCCAGGCUGUUUGUUGUGAGAGGAAAGCCAGAAGACAUUUUCCCUAAACUGUUCCGCAAGUGGAAAAUAACCAAGCUGUCGUACGAGUUUGACACAGAGCCUGACAGCGUGUCCCGAGACCAGAAGGUGGCAGCUUUAGCCAAAGAGCAUGAUGUGGAAGUCCUCUAUAAAGUCUCCCACACGCUUUAUGACAUAGACAGGCUCAUCGAAGAGAAUAACGGGAAAGCUCCCCUCACAUACAACCGCAUGCAGGCAAUAGUGAAGACCCUCGGGCCCCCGAAGAGACCAAUCCCUGCACCCUCCGUGGAGGACAUGGAAGGUGUGACGACCCCUUAUUCAGAAGAAGAUGAGAAUAAUUACGCGAUUCCAUCGUUGGACGAGCUCGGUCACGAUGUAUCACAACUCGGAGAUGAGCCUUUCCCAGGAGGAGAACGAGAAGCUUUGAGGCGACUGGAGGAAAAUAUGAAAAAAACUGGAUGGGUGUGCGGCUUUGAGAAACCCCAGACAUCACCCAACUCUUUGAGCCCGAGCACGACGGUCCUCAGCCCGUACGUCACCUUCGGCUGUUUGUCUGCGCGCACCUUCUGGUGGAGGCUGACUGAAGUCUACCGGGGGAAAAAGCAUUCCGACCCGCCCGUGUCCCUGCACGGGCAGCUAUUGUGGCGAGAGUUCUUCUACACAGCCAGUGUUGGUGUCCCCAACUUUAACAAGAUGGUGGGGAACCCCGUUUGCACUCAAGUGGACUGGGACACAAACCACGACUACCUGAGCGCAUGGAGAGAGGCUCGGACGGGUUUCCCCUUCAUCGACGCCAUCAUGACCCAGCUGAGGCAAGAAGGAUGGAUCCAUCACCUGGCCAGACACGCUGUGGCCUGCUUCCUCACCAGAGGUGACCUGUGGAUCAGCUGGGAGGAAGGGCAGAAGGUGUUUGAGGAGCUGCUGCUAGACGGCGACUGGGCUCUCAACGCGGGCAACUGGCAGUGGCUCUCUGCCAGCACCUUCUUCCACCAGUACUUCAGGGUCUACUCUCCCGUGGCCUUUGGCAAGAAAACUGACAAAAAUGGCGACUAUAUCAAGAAGUACCUUCCCAUCCUGAAGAAGUUUCCAGCUCAGUACAUCUACGAGCCAUGGAAAGCGCCAGGCAGUGUGCAGAAGGCAGCAGGGUGCAUUGUGGGUAAAGACUACCCGCGUCCCAUUGUGGAGCACGAAGUGAUCAGCAAGAAGAAUAUACAGAGGAUGAAGUUGGCGUACGCUAAGAGGUCCGCUGUCGCCGGCGACUCGCCCAGCAAGAAGCAAGGCGUGAAGCGAAAGGUGCCCUCUGUUGUCGACAUGUUAACGAAGAAAAGGAAGAAAUAAGUCAAGAUAAUCCAUCUUUAACCAUCCUGGGUUAUCGAUUGUUUGGAGCGCGAGCAGUGAUUUGGUGAACUGCCUCGUAAUGUAUUUUCAACCGCUUGGAGGGGGGGAAGGAGGAGAAGGACGUUUUUUUUUCUUCCAUACUUUGGGAAUAUCAUUUGUUUUAUUCUCUUCAUACUCUCUUUGUAUCCACAUUUGUAUUAAAACAUUUAUAUACUUUUAAACAUGUUCAAUAACGAGCUGAAUGCCUUGUCGCGGGCAUUUAAGAGCUACUCAAAAUUACCACUAGAGAGCACCAUAACUCAACUGGGUGAACUGAAAUCUCAAUUCACUGAAAAUCAGU